CGCUGGAAGUGCUGCAUCAAAGGAUGUGAAUAAAUGGCUUGAUGAUAUGACUGGAGUAUAUGAAUCUUCUCAGACGGAAUUCCAGGGAGGGGAUGUUCAGAAGGUGCUUAUUUUGUUGUUGAAAAUAUUGUGUCAACACUAUGGAAAGCUUCGUUCACCCUUUGGGUCUGACCCGUCACAAGAGUGCUAAUAUGAACGGAUAUGGAGCUGUUGUCCAUUGCAUGAGAAAUCUUCCCUCGGAAAGCCAGAUUCAGACUACUGCCCAGGAGGUUCAAAAUCUCCUGGUUUCUGGUAGAAGGAAAGAGGCUCUUCAGCAUGCACAGGAAGGUCAGCUUUGGGGCCCUGCACUGAUCCUUGCUUUACAACUUGGUGAUAAGUUUUAUGCGGAUACUGUGAAGAAAAUGGCUCACCGCCAUUUUGUUUCUGGAUCACCCUUGAGGACAUUGUGCCUUCUUAUUGCUGGACAACCUGCAGAUGUUUUCAAUUCUGAUAAUCCUGUUAACAGUGGUUCUUUGUAUUCUCCCCACCAGCCUGUAGAGGCUGCUCCUAAGGGUAUGCUGGAUGACUGGCAAGAGAAUUUGGCUAUUAUAACAGCAAACAGGACAAAAGGUGAUGACCUUGUAAUUACCCACCUUGGGGAUUGCCUUUGGAAAGAGAAAAAUGAGGUUGCAUCUGCUCACUCAUGCUAUUUAGUUGCUGAACUAAAUAUUGAUUCGUACUCUGAAAAUGCAAGGAUGUGCCUUAUUGGUGCAGACCACUUGAGAUGUCCACGCACAUUUAUUAGCCCUGAAGCAAUCCAGAGAACAGAGGUUUAUGAGUAUGCAAAGGUUCUUGGUAAUUCUCAGUAUAUUCUCUUGCCAUUUCAACCAUACAAGCUGAUAUAUGCAUAUAUGCUUGCGGAGGUUGGGAAGAUUUCUGAUUCACUAAAGUAUUGUCAAGCAUCUCUGAAGGUGCUGAAGUCCUCUGGUCGUGCACCUGAACUAGAAGCAUGGAAGCAAUUGUUUAUGACCCUGGAGGACCGGAUACGUACACAUCAACAGGGUGGAUAUGCAACAAAUCUUGCCCCUGGAAAGAUUGUUGGGAAGCUUUUCACAUCACUUGAUAAAUCUUUGUCCCGCAUAAUGGGUACACAAGCUCCACCAUUGCCUCAACUGCCACAGGGUGCGGCAAACGAGAGAGAUGUUUAUUCUCCUCCUAAUACAAAAGUUGUAAAUAGUCAGUCAGUGAUGUCCAUGGCACCUUUAGUGUCUUCUGCUUCAGAGCAGUCUAUGAGUGAAAUUGGAGGAAAUAGUGGCUAUGGCAGGGAAGUUGCGCAUAACAGAAGUAUUUCCGAGCCAGACUUUGGCAAAACCCCCCAACAGCUGAGUGCUGUAUCAAGUAAGGCACAAAGCACAUCAGGUUCAGGCAGUUCACACUUUGGAUGGUUGGUGCAGAAGACAAUGGGGCUUGUUUCGAAAUCUCACCGCCAGGCAAAGCUAGGGGAACAGAACAAGUUCUACUAUGACGAGAAGCUGAAGCGGUGGGUGGAAGAAGGUGCUGACAUCCCUGCUGAGGAGCCCCCACUUCCCCCACCUCCGUCAAAAGUGCCAUUCCAGAGCAGUGUUCCAGAUCCCAACUCGAAUGCUCCUCCCACUGGUGGAGGUUAUUCCCCAAAUCCCCCGGAGCCUAGUUCCGGGAUGCCACCGAUGCCACCCACCCAGAACCAGUUCUCAGCACGUGGAAGAAUCGGUGUUAGAUCAAGAUAUGUGGAUACUUUUAAAAAAGGUGGUGGUGGUGGUGGCGGUGCAAAUGCCUUUGGAGCAGCGACAUCAUAUAGCAAACCAGCGGCUCAAUCUAUGAAUCCAAUGUCUGGUGCGAAGUUCUUUGUGCCAACUCCUGCUACUGUUGCUUCAGAACAGAAGGCUGAGCCAGGUGCCCACAGUGAAACCACCCGACAGGAUGAACCAUCGUCCUCAGCAGCAAUGGAGACAGCAUUCAGUUCGCCGCCACCACUGAUACAGAUGCAGUCAACCAUUCAGCGGUACCCAAGCGGUGACGGCAUUCCGCGGUACCCAAGCGGUGACAGCAUUCCGCGGUACCCAAGCGGUGAUAACAUUCCGCGGCACCCAAGCAGUGACAACAUUCAGCGGUACCCAAGUAUGGACAACAUUGUGUCCCCCUCAGGCAGCGUUAACAGCGCAAUGUCAAGGUCAAGAGCGUCGUCAUGGAGCGGAACAUUACCAGAGCAGUUGAGCAGCACUGCUGCUACCAGGUCACCUGAUGGACAGAUCAUGCAGUCACCAUCGAUGCCUGGAAAAAGACCUCCACACAGCCGUUCCAGCAGCACUUCUUCCGCCCAGUUCAAUGGUUUGGGUGAGGAACUUCACGAGGUGGAGCUCUGACACUUGGCCGCAGAUUUUGCCUUUUUGACCAUCAUGUGAUUUAUUACUAGCUGGGAUGUGUGUCUAGAAAGCAAAGCAAAGGAAAUUAAAGGAAGAAAAAAAAAGAGGGGUGUCCCUUUUCAAUUUUUACAUGAGAAGCCUGUGGAUGCCGCUGCAUUGUACAGAUAGUUCACUCGUUCACCGGAUGAAAAAUGUAUAAGAAGAGACGUAGGUUCAAGAUAGGAAGUUGUAGAAAGGCUGACAACACCUCUUUUGUUUUGUGCUAAACACUUGAAGAUUAAAACCAUGAUGAUUCAUCAUUGUUAAGAUGGAAAAACUUGGACAAAUAAGGCCUUGUGGCUGGUAACCCGUAACCUCAAUAAUGUUGGUUCGCAUCUUGUUCAUCCA